UAACCACCAGCAUCAGAAGCGGUGGGGCUCAGAAAAGAGGAGCCUUUUUUAUUUUUAUUUUUUGCAGCGAGGACCGCGAACGGACGAUCUCGCAUUUGUAUUAUCCUGAUUUUGUAAAAGGAAUAAUUUGAUCACAGAGAAGACCGCUUUGAUUUUUAGGAUUUUUUUUAAAGACACCACAUACCUCUGUUUGCAUGCUGUUAUUCAGUAAGCAACAUACAUGACCGUGCCAUUGUACAACACCUCCCCUUUUUAGGCUGGACAAGCUUUUUUAUGUAUAGAUUUUAAUGACACAUUGUCUGCUGUGCAUUAUUGUCUGCUCAGCUACGUUUGCAAGCGUGUCGGAGGGCGCAAGAAACAACAGACCACGGCGGACAAUUGCGAGGUUUGGAUGAGGUGUUUGAAUCCAGCUUUACGUGAACAAUUGUGAUAUUUCCAUAGGCAAUGCCAUUUUGCAAUGCAAACAUGUUGACUGUUGGAUUGCUUUACCUGGGAUUAGUUCUUGCAAUAGAGAUUAUAGAUCCCACCAGAGCCAUUGAAGCUCCGAAGACAUGCAGUCCGAAGCAGUUUGUGUGUAAAGAUCAGGUGACCUGCAUCUCCAAAGGCUGGCGCUGUGAUGGCGAGAAAGACUGUCCCGACGGUUCUGAUGAAGCCGCAGAUAUCUGCCAUCACACCCAGGUGUCACAGUGCCCUCCCAAUGAGUUUGAGUGUCGAGGAACAGAUGUGUGCAUUCACCUGAGCAAGCUGUGCGACGGCGUCCCAGACUGCACGGAUGGGCGUGACGAGGGGCCGCACUGUCGAGAGUAUGCUCAUAACUGCACCAUCAUGGGCUGCCAGUACAACUGUUCAGUGACACUGUCGGGUCCAAAGUGCUACUGCAGGAACGGCUAUGAGGUGGGAGAAGAUGGAAAGCAAUGCAAAGACUUUAACGAGUGUGCAGUGUAUGGGACUUGCAGUCAGACAUGCACAAACACAGAUGGCUCCUACACCUGCAGCUGUGUGGAGGGCUACUUGUCUCAACCAGACAACCGUUCCUGCAAGGCCAAGAACGACCCUGUAGAUCGGCAUCCAUACCUCCUCAUAGCCAACUCCCAGAACAUCCAAGCCACCUCUCUGAGCGGAGCCAAUCCCAUCUCCAUCAACACCAAGCAGACCACCGCUAUGGACUUUAUCUACGCCCAGGAGACUGUGUGCUGGAUCCACAUGGGUGACUCACCUGCUGCCACCCAACUCAAGUGUGCCAAAUUCCCCAAUGCCAAGAGCUUCACAGAGGAGAAGACCAUCAACAUCUCCCUCAGCUUGCACCAUGUGGAGCAGAUUGCUAUUGACUGGCUGACAGGAAACUUCUACUUUGUGGAUGAUGUGGACGACCGCAUUUUUGUGUGCAGUAAAGAUGGCUUGACUUGUGUCAUCCUGCUGGACCUGGAGCUCUAUAACCCUAAAGGGAUUGCACUGGACCCAGCCAUGGGGAAAGUGUUCUUCACAGACUAUGGCCAAAUCCCAAAGGUUGAACGCUGUGAUAUGGACGGCCAGAACCGCACCAAACUGGUAGACAGUAAAAUUGUCUUCCCUCAUGGCAUCACUCUGGACCUGGUCAGCAAGUUGGUGUACUGGGCUGACGCUUACUUAGAUUACAUUGAGGUGGUGGACUACGAAGGCAAGAACCGGCACACCAUCAUUCAGGGAUUACUGAUUGAACAUCUCUAUGGUCUAACAGUGUUUGAAAACUAUCUGUAUGCCACCAACUCUGACAACGGCAACAUGCAGCCCAAAACCAGUGUGAUCAGAGUCAACCGAUUCAACAGCUCUGACUUCCAGGUGGUGACACGCGUGGAUAAGGGCGGUGCCCUUCACGUUUACCACCAGAGACGUCAGCCUGCAGUCCGUAGUCACGCAUGUGCUCCUGAUCAGUUUGGGAAGCCAGGCGGCUGCUCCGAUAUCUGCCUACUGGGUAAUAGUCACAAGAGCCGAACCUGCCGCUGCCGUUCAGGUUUCAGCCUAGGCAGUGACGGAAAGUCCUGCAAGAAACCAGAGCAUGAGCUCUUCCUGGUGUACAGUAAAGGCCGGCCUGGUGUUAUUCGUGGUAUGGACAUGCAUGCCAGGGUGUAUGAUGAGCACAUCAUCCCCAUUGAGAACCUGAAUAACCCAAGAGCGCUGGACUUCCACGCUGAGACCGAAUUCAUCUAUUUCGCUGAUGCCACCAGCUACAUCAUCGGCCGCCAGAAGAUUGAUGGCACUGAAAGAGACAUCAUAGUGAAGGAUGGUAUUCACACAGUAGAAGGUAUCGCUGUGGACUGGAUGGGGCAAAACUUGUAUUGGACUGAUGAUGGACCCAAAAAGACCAUCAGUGUGGCCAAACUCGAGAAAGCCUCUCAGACCCGCAAAACUCUUAUUGAGGGCAAAAUGACCCAUCCUAGAGCCAUAGUAGUAGACCCUUCUCAUGGAAUGAUGUACUGGAGUGACUGGGAGGAGGAGCCUAAAGAGACCAAUCGUGGCAGUAUAAAGAAGGCCUGGAUGGACGGUUCAAAUGCUGAUAUCCUGCUUACUUCUAAAACUGUGCUGUGGCCCAAUGGCCUCAGCCUGGACAGCCAGCAGGGCAUCUUGUACUGGGUGGAUGCAUACUACGACCGCAUCGAGAUGGUGCUUCUCAACACCACAGAACGCAGGACAGUAUAUGAAGGACAGGAGCUGAACCAUCCCUUUGGCCUGUGCCACUAUAAGGACUUCCUGUUCUGGAAUGAGUACCGCAGUGGAGGAAUCUACAAACUGGACCGGAACACCAAGAAGGCCACCUUGCUACGCAGUGAACGACCUCCAAUCUAUGAGAUUCGCACCUAUGACGCACAACAACAACAAAUCACAGGCUCCAACGUGUGCCGUGCCAACAAUGGUGGCUGUAGCAGUCUGUGUCUGCUGACGCCCACUGGACGCUCCUGCGCCUGUGCCGAUGAUCAGAUACUAGAUACUGACAACAAGACCUGUAAAGCAAACCCUUCCUACGUACCUCCUCCUCAGUGCCAGCCUGGAGAAUUUGCCUGUAAGAAUAAUCACUGUAUUCAAGACCGCUGGAAGUGUGACGGGGACAAUGACUGUCUGGACAACAGCGAUGAGGCCCCUGAGUUAUGCCACCAGCACACCUGUCCCGCAGACCGCUUUAAGUGCCAGAAUAACCGCUGUAUCCCCCUGCGUUGGCUUUGUGAUGGAGACAAUGACUGUGGGAAUGAUGAAGACGAAUCUAACAGCACUUGCUUGGCCCGCACAUGUCCUUCUAAUCAGUACCCAUGCGCCAGUGGCCGUUGUAUUCCUGUCUCCUGGACAUGUGACCUGGAUGAUGAUUGUGGCGAUCGCUCCGAUGAACCACCAUCUUGUGCAUAUCCCACCUGUUUCCCUCUCACUCAGUUCACCUGUGCCAAUGGACGCUGCAUCAAUGUCAACUGGCGUUGCGAUAAUGAUAAUGACUGCGGGGAUAACAGUGAUGAAGCUGGCUGCAGUCACUCGUGCUCUAGUGUACAGUUUAAAUGCAGCAGCGGCCGCUGUAUUCCAGAGUACUGGACCUGUGAUGGAGACAACGACUGUGGAGAUUACAGCGAUGAGACUCAUGCCAACUGUACCAAUCAGGCCACACGGCCUCCCGGCGGUUGCCACACGGAUGAGUUCCAGUGCCGAAUGGACGGCUUGUGUAUUCCUAUGCGAUGGCGCUGCGACGGAGAUACAGACUGCAUGGACCUGAGCGACGAGAAGAAUUGUGAGGGUGUCACACAUAUGUGCGACCCUGCCGUCAAGUUUGCCUGCAAAGACUCGGCUCGCUGUAUCAGUAAGGCCUGGGUGUGUGACAGGGACAGUGAUUGUGAGGAUAACUCAGAUGAAGAAAACUGCGAGGCUCUCGAGUGCAAGCUCUCUCACCAUGUUUGUGCCAGCAACGACUCCAUCUGUCUACCUCCUGAGAAACUGUGCGACGGCAAGGACGACUGCCCCGAUGGCUCGGACGAGAAGCUUUGCAGUCUUUGCACGGUGGAUAAUGGAGGCUGCAGCCAUAACUGUACCAUCGCUCCUGGUGAGGGCAUCCUGUGCUCCUGCCCAGCUGGCAUGGAGCUGGGUACCGACAACAAGACCUGCCAGAUUCAGAGCUUCUGUGCCAAGCAUCUCAAGUGCAGCCAGCGCUGCGUGCAGGAGAAGGCCACUGUUAAGUGCGCCUGCUAUGAAGGCUGGGCACUCGGGCCAGACGGCGAGAGCUGCAAGAGCACUGAUCCAUUCAAGCCCUUCAUCAUUUUCUCCAACCGGCAUGAGAUCCGUCGGAUUGACUUGUACAAGGGCGAGUUCAGCGUGCUGGUGCCUGGCCUGCGUAACACCAUUGCCCUGGAUUUCCACCUCAACCAGAGUUCCCUCUACUGGACUGAUGUGGUAGAAGACAAGAUCUAUCGGGGAAAGCUGUCGGAAAACGGAGCUCUCACCAGUUUUGAGGUGGUGAUUCAGUAUGGUUUGGCCACUCCAGAGGGUCUAGCUGUGGACUGGAUUGCAGGAAACAUCUACUGGGUGGAAAGUAACCUGGAUCAGAUUGAGGUGGCCAAGCUGGAUGGUACCAUGCGUACAACGCUACUAGCUGGAGAGGUGGAGCAUCCGCGCGCCAUUGCACUUGACCCAAGAGAUGGUAUUCUGUUCUGGACAGACUGGGAUGCCAGCUCCCCCAGGAUAGAGGCUGCAUCUAUGAGUGGGGAGGGCCGUCGCACCAUCCACAAAGAGACUGGGAAUGGUGGCUGGCCCAACGGUCUCACUGUGGACUACCUAGAGCGCCGUAUACUGUGGAUCGAUGCCAGAUCUGAUGCCAUCUACUCUGCGGCUUAUGACGGUUCCGGCCUGAUCGAGGUGCUCCGGGGUCAUGAACACUUAUCACAUCCCUUUGCCGUCACCAUGUAUGGAGGAGAGGUCUACUGGACAGACUGGCGGACCAACACUCUGGCUAAAGCCAAUAAAUGGACGGGACACAAUGUGACGGUGGUCCAGAGAACAAACACUCAGCCGUUUGAUCUUCAAGUGUUUCAUCCUUCUAGACAACCUCAGGCUCCCAACCCGUGUGCGGCGAAUGACGGGAAGGGGCCGUGCUCGCACCUGUGCCUCAUCAACUACAACCAGACCUUCUCCUGUGCCUGUCCACACCUCAUGAAACUCAAGCCAGACAAGCACACCUGCUACGAGUGCCGUCAGUUCCUGCUGUAUGCUCGUCAGAUUGAAAUCAGAGGGGUGGACAUUGAUAAUCCCUAUUACAACUACAUCAUCUCUUUCACUGUGCCUGACAUUGACAAUGUUACAGUGGUGGAUUAUGAUGCUCUGGAGCACCGCAUCUACUGGUCUGAUGUUCGCACUCAGACGAUCAAAAGAGCCUUCAUCAAUGGGACUGGUGUGGAGACUGUGGUAUCAGCUGACCUCCCUAAUGCUCAGGGUCUAGCUGUAGACUGGGUCUCCAGAAACCUCUUCUGGACCAGCUAUGAUACGAAUAAGAAGCAGAUCAAUGUUGCACGGCUAGACGGGUCCUUCAAGAAUGCUGUAAUCCAUGAACUGGACAAGCCUCACUGUUUGGUGUUACAUCCUAUCCUGGGAAAGCUCUACUGGCUUGAUGGGGACAACAUCAGUAUGGCCAACAUGGACGGCACCAACCACACAUUACUGUUCACCAAUCAGAAAGGCCCAGUGGGCCUGUCCAUAGACUAUUACAUGGAGCAGAUGUACUGGAUCAGCUCAGGGAACAGCACCAUUAACCGCUGUAAGCUGGAUGGUUCUGGACUGGAGAUCAUUGAGGGUGUGAAAGGAAAACUCACCAAAGCUACAGCCCUCGCCAUCAUGGGAGACAAGUUGUGGUGGGCUGAUCAGGGCACAGAUCAGAUCGGUACAUGUGACAAGAGCGAUGGAGGCAACUGGAAGGUUCUCCGAAAUAACACGUCACCCAUGAUGCAUAUGAAGAUCUACAAUGAGACUGUGCAUCAACUAGGUACCAACCUCUGCAGUAAGAACAAUGGCGACUGCUCUCAGCUUUGCUUGCCAACUUCACCAACUACAAGAGCCUGCAUGUGUACGGCUGGAUAUAGUCUGAGGACUGGCCAGCAGUCCUGUGAAGGCAUGGGCUCGUUUUUGCUCUACUCUGUGCACGAGGGCAUCCGUGGCAUUCCUCUGGACCCAUCAGAUAAAUCUGAUGCCCUGGUACCUGUGUCGGGCACCUCUCUUGCUGUGGGCAUUGACUUCCAUGCUGAGAAUGACACCAUCUACUGGGUUGACAUGGGCCUUAGUACUAUUAGCCGAGCCAAGAGAGACCAGACCUGGAGGGAGGAUAUAGUGACCAAUGGCAUUGGACGUGUGGAAGGCAUCACCGUGGACUGGAUUGCAGGCAACAUCUAUUGGACUGAUCAAGGCUUUGAUGUGAUUGAGGUGGCCAGACUCAACGGCUCCUUCCGCUAUGUGGUCAUCUCUCAGGGUCUGGACAAACCACGUGCCAUUACUGUACAUCCACAGAAAGGGUAUCUGUUCUGGACGGAGUGGGGUCAGUAUCCACGUAUUGAAAGAUCUCGUCUGGACGGUUCUGAGAGAGUAGUUCUUGUCAAUGUCAGCAUCAGCUGGCCAAAUGGCAUCUCCAUCGAUUACCAGGAGGGCCUGCUAUAUUGGUGUGAUGCUCGUACAGACAAAAUUGAGCGCAUAAAUCUGGAGACUGGAGAAAACCGUGAGCUGGUGCUGUCUAAUAACAACAUGGACAUGUUUGCUGUUUCUGUAUUUGAGGACUACAUCUACUGGAGUGACAGGACACAUGCAAAUGGCUCCAUCAAGAGAGGAAACAAGGACAAUGCAACAGAUAUGGUGUAUCUGAGAACAGGCAUUGGCGUACAGCUUAAAGACAUUAAAGUCUUCAACCGUGCAAGACAGCAAGGUACCAACAUCUGUAAAGUGAACAAUGGUGGUUGUGAACAGCUGUGUCUGUACAGUGGUAACGGCAAUCGUACCUGUGCCUGCGCACACGGUAUGCUGGCAGAGAACGGCCGCAGCUGCAGGGAUUAUGAUGGUUACCUCCUCUACUCAGAGCGCACGAUACUAAAGAGCAUUCACCUGUCGGAUGAAACAAACCUCAAUGCUCCCAUUAAACCUUUCGAAGACCCAGAGCACAUGAAGAACGUCAUCGCCCUUACCUUUGACUACAGGGGUGGCGGUGGAAAGGGAGCCAACCGGAUCUUCUACAGCGACAUUCACUUUGGUAACAUACAGCAGAUCAGCGAUGACGGCUCUGACCGCAAGACCAUAGUGGAGAAUGUAGGGUCAAUUGAAGGUUUGGCUUAUCACCGGGGUUGGGACACACUUUACUGGACCAGCUACACCACCUCCACCAUCACACGGCACACUGUGGACCAGAGUCGCACUGCAGCUUUUGACAGAGACACUGUGGUCACUAUGUCUGGGGACGACCACCCCAGAGCCUUUGUUCUGGAUGAAUGCCAAGACUUGAUGUUCUGGACUAACUGGAAUGAACAGGCUCCAAGUAUCAUGCGAGCGUCUCUUUCUGGAGCAAACAUCCUGGUGAUCAUUGGCAGUAAUAUCCGCACCCCGAAUGGCCUGGCCAUCGACCACCGUGCUGAGAAAAUCUACUUCUCCGAUGCCACAUUUGACAAGAUUGAGCGCUGCGAGUAUGAUGGCAGCCGACGCUUUGUGGUCUUGAAGAAUGAGCCAGUGCAUCCUUUCGGUUUGGCUGUGUACGGUGACUAUAUCUUCUGGACAGACUGGGUGCGCAGAGCUGUGCUCAGAGCUAAUAAAUACGGCACAGAUAUGAAAGUCCUACGUGCCGACAUUCCUCAACAGCCAAUGGGCAUCGUUGCUGUGGCCAAAGACACCAAUAGCUGUGAGUUUUCUCUGUGUCUCACAAAUAAUGGAGGCUGUCAGGACCUGUGUCUGCUCACGUCAGAAGGACGAGUCAACUGCAGCUGCCGUGGAGAACGCAAACUACUGGGAGACAACACCUGUGUUGCGGAGAACACAACCUGUAACAGCGUGGAUGAGUUUGAGUGUGGAAACGGCGACUGUAUCGACUACAGACUGACUUGUGACAGUCUCGGCCACUGCAAGGAUAAGUCUGAUGAGAAGCAGUCCUACUGCGCGAACCGUAUGUGUAAGAAGGGCUACCGGCGCUGCAUUAACGGACGCUGUAUCAAACACAGCUACUGGUGUGACGGCACUGAUGACUGUGGAGACGGUUCAGAUGAGCUGCCGUGCAACAUGACUCUGUGCAGCGCUGCUGAGUUCCAGUGCAAAGACGGUUCCUGCAUCAAUAACUCUAGUCGCUGUAAUCAGGUGGUGGACUGUGAGGACGCCAGUGAUGAGAUCAACUGCAGCCCCACUGACUGCUCCAGUUACUAUCUGCUUGGAGUGAAGGGCGUGACCUUCGCGAGGUGUGAGUUCACUACACUCUGCUAUGCCCCCUCCUGGCGCUGUGAUGGCUCCAAUGACUGUGGAGACUUCUCAGAUGAAAGAAAUUGUCCAGAGAAAAUUAAGCAUAAUUGUCCGGUGAACUUCUUUGCGUGUCCGAGCGGCCGCUGUAUUCCCAUGAGCUGGACCUGUGACAAAGAGAACGACUGUGAGAAUGGAGCAGAUGAGUCUCACUGUGAUAAGUUAUGUGCAUCAAAUCAGUUUGAGUGUGAGAACCAUCGCUGUAUCUCCAAAUCCUGGCUGUGUGACGGCGCUGAUGACUGUGGAGAUGGUACUGAUGAGGACAGCAAAUGCAAGACAAAGACUUGCAGUCCAGAGGCCUUCCAGUGUCCUGGCUCUCACAUGUGUAUUUCUCAGCGCUGGAAGUGUGACGGGGAUAAGGACUGUCCUGAUGGAGCAGAUGAGGGCAUUAAGGCUGGUUGUGUGUUCAAUAAGACCUGCGAUGACUCAGAUGAGUUUCAAUGUCAGAAUUAUCAGUGUAUUCCCAAAAACUUCAUGUGUGAUCAUGACAUUGACUGCCGAGAUGGCUCUGAUGAAUCGCCAGAGUGUGAAUAUCCCACGUGCGGGCCGAAUGAUUUCCGCUGUGCUAAUGGCCAGUGCCUGAAGCAGAAGAACUGGGCGUGUGAUGGAGAGUUUGACUGUAGAGACCAAUCAGAUGAAGCUCCCAAAAACCCACUUUGCACAGACUCAGAGAGGCGCUGUAAUGACACUGCCUUCCUGUGCACCAAUGGCAAGUGUAUGAACGAGACAUUGCUGUGUGACGGUCAGAAUGACUGUGGCGAUGGCUCUGACGAGAAUAACUGCUUCAUAAAUGAAUGUAUCAACAAUAAGCUGAGCGGCUGCUCACAGCUCUGUGAAGAUCUCAAGAUCGGCUUCAAGUGCCGGUGUCGUCCAGGUUUCCGUCUGAAGCAAGAUGGAAAGACGUGUGUGGAUGUGGACGAGUGCACCACCACGUACCCCUGCGCUCAGCGCUGCAUCAACACGCACGGUAGCUUCCACUGCCUCUGUGUCGAUGGCUUUGUGCCACGUCCCGACGACCCCACCAGCUGCAAAUCCACAUCUGAUGAGGAACCUUUCCUAAUCUUUGCUAACCGCUACUAUCUGCGAAAACUCAACUUGGAUGGAUCUAACUACACUUUGAUUAAACAGGGGCUCAAUAACGCAGUGGCUCUGGACUAUCAUUACGCGGAGCAGAUGAUCUACUGGACUGACGUGACUACACAAGGCAGCAUGAUCCGUCGCAUGAACAUCAACGGCAGUAACGUGCAGGUGCUGCACAGAACCUCUUUAAGUAACCCUGAUGGUCUGGCUGUGGACUGGGUUGGGGGAAACUUGUACUGGUGUGAUAAGGGCAGAGACACAAUUGAGGUGUCCAAGCUGAAUGGAGCUUACAGAAGUGUACUGGUCAACAGCGGCUUGCGAGAGCCCAGAGCCAUGGCUGUGGAUGUGAGGAAUGGGUAUCUGUAUUGGUCAGACUGGGGUGACGUGCCACAUAUUGGCCGCAUCGGCAUGGAUGGCACAGAUCGCCACAUCAUCAUUCAAGAUAAGAUCACAUGGCCUAACGGCUUGACGCUAGAUUUUAUUAAUGACCGCAUUUACUGGGCAGACGCUCGUGAAGACUACAUUGCUUUUGCCAGCCUGGAUGGAUCCAACAGACACAUUGUGCUGAAUCAUGACAUCCCUCACAUCUUUGCCAUGACUCUGUUUGAGGAGUACAUCUACUGGACCGACUGGGAGACCAAGUCCAUUAACAGAGCUCACAAAACCCUGGGCACCAACAAUACCGUGUUGAUUAGCACCCUGCACAGACCCAUGGACUUACACAUCUAUCAUCCUUCCAGACAACUUGAGGAGUCAGGUCACCCGUGUCAGGUGGAUAAUGGUGGCUGCAGUAACCUGUGUUUGCUCUCACCUGGAGGAGGCUACAAAUGUGCCUGUCCCACCAACUUCUAUCUGGCUGCUGAUGGAAAACAGUGCCUGUCCAACUGUACUGCCAGCCAGUUUGUUUGCAAGAAUGAUAAGUGCAUUCCCUUCUGGUGGAAGUGUGAUACUGAGGAUGACUGUGGAGAUCGCUCAGAUGAACCUGCCGAUUGCCCUGAGUUUAAAUGCAGGCCAGGCCAGUUCCAGUGCGGCACAGGUCUCUGCACCAACCCGGCUUACAUCUGUGAUGGAGACAACGACUGCCAGGACAACUCCGAUGAAGCCAACUGUGACAUCCAUGUUUGCCUGCCCAGUCAGUUUAAGUGCUCACAUCCUAGUCGCUGUAUCCAUGGAAUCUUGCAUUGUAAUGGUCAGAACAACUGCGGCCAGGGAGAAGAUGAGAAGGACUGUCCUGAGGUGACCUGUGCUCCUAACCAGUUCCAGUGUGCCAUCACCAAACGCUGCAUACCACGAGUCUGGGUGUGUGAUAGAGACUACGACUGCGUGGAUGAAUCCGACGAACCGGCCAACUGCACUCAGAUGAAGUGUGGUGUGGACGAGUUCCACUGUAAGGACUCAGGCCGCUGUAUCCCGUCCCGUUGGACAUGUGACGGAGAGGACGAUUGUGGAGAUGGCUCAGAUGAGCCCAAAGAGGAAUGCGAUGAGAGAACAUGUGAGCCGUACCAAUUCCGCUGUAAGAACAACCGCUGCGUGCCUGGCCGCUGGCAGUGUGACUAUGACAAUGACUGUGGCGAUAACUCCGAUGAGGAGAAGUGCGUGCCCCGUCAGUGCUCUGAAAGUGAGUUUGCCUGCACUAAUGGCCGUUGUAUUGCUGGGAGGUGGAAGUGUGAUGGAGAUCAUGACUGUUCAGAUGGAUCUGAUGAGCAUGGCUGUGAUCUGAAGUGUGAGGAGGAUCAAUUCCAGUGUAAGAACGGCCACUGUAUCCCACUUCGCUGGCGCUGUGACGCUGAUGCUGACUGCAUUGAUGGCAGUGAUGAAGAGAGUUGUGACAUUUCUGUCGCGCAGCACUGCCCCCAUGAUGAGUUCCAGUGUAAUAACACUCUGUGUAAGCCACUGUCCUGGAAGUGUGAUGGGGAGGAUGACUGUGGAGACAACUCUGAUGAGAGCCCUGAGGAAUGCAGAAACUUCCAGUGCCCACCCACUAGAAAUUUCCGUUGUUGGAAUAAUCGUGUAUGUCUCUGGAGUGGCAAGCGCUGUGAUGGUGCGGACAACUGCGGAGACAAUUCAGAUGAGGCCAACUGUGGAGACCACACAUCCACAUGCGAUAAAGACCAGUUCAAGUGCAGCAGUGGCAAAUGCAUCACUGCCAACCUGAGGUGCAACUUCUUUAAUGACUGUGAAGAUUACGGGUCAGAUGAGAUUGGCUGCAAGACAGACACCAUGCUGAAUGACUGUAAGAGUAACAAAUCUCUUUGUGGCGAUGGCGAUGAGGCUCACUGCAUUUCCAACGGCACAGACACGUUCUGUUCCUGCAAACAGGGUUUCCAGAGCGUGGGACACAACACCUGUGAAGAUAAAAAUGAGUGCAAGCAGUUCGGCAUAUGCUCUCACAUGUGUAACAACACCAAGGGCUCCUACAAGUGCAGCUGCCACAAAUACUUCACCAGGAUUAACAACACAUGCAAGGCUGACAGUCAGAACAUUAGUAAACAAGUCCUCUACAUUGCGGAUGAUAACGAGAUCCGGAGUCUAAAUCUUGAUAUGCGCAAAUGGGUUUAUGAGCAGGCAUUCCAGGGCGACGUCAACGUGCGCAUCGAUGCCAUGGACUUGCAUGUCAAAACCAACCGCAUUUUCUGGACCAAUUGGCACACGUCUGGCAUUUCCUGCUUCCAGCUGCCCUCUACAUCCUCACCAUCAGGUCCUACGUCCAACUCUCACCGCAACACGAGGCAAAGCGAGGGUAGCAUCACCAACCUUGAUAUUCCAGGUUUGAAGAUGCCACGUGGAAUCGCGGUAGACUGGGUGGCUGGUAAUCUCUAUUGGACCGAUUCGGGACGUGAUGUGAUCGAGGUUGCUCAGAUAUCAGGCCAGCACAGGAAGACGCUGAUUUCUGGCAUGAUUGAUGAGCCUUAUGCCAUUGUAGUGGAUCCUCAGAGAGGAACCAUGUACUGGACUGACUGGGGGAAUCAUCCAAAGAUUGAGACGGCAGCUAUGGAUGGGACUCUCAGACAAACCCUGGUCCAUGAGAACAUCCAGUGGCCUACAGGUCUUGCAGUGGACUACUUCAAUGAGCGUCUGUACUGGGCAGAUGUCAAGCUCUCUAUGAUCGGCAGUGUGCGUCUAGAUGGCUCUGACCCUGUUGUGGCUGUGUCCAACAUCAAAAACAAUCUCCUCCACCCCUUCAGCAUUGAUAUCUUUGAGGAUUACAUUUAUGGUGUUACCUACACCAAUAACUUUGUCUUCCGGGUUAACAAGUUUGGCAAAGGUCAGGCAGAGAAUCUGACCACUGGCAUCAACCACGCCACUGACAUAGUCCUAUAUCACCGCUACAAACAGCCUGAGAUGACUAACCCAUGUGAUAAGAAGAAGUGUGAAUGGUUGUGUCUACUCAGUCCCAGUGGACCAGUGUGCACAUGCCCUAAUGACCACAUCCCUGACAACGGUACCUGUACGGAGGUGCCGCCAGCGACCCAGUCCCCAUCCACUCCUACAUGUAAUGUUCAGUGCCAGAAUGGCGGCAGCUGUUUCCUCAAUGCAUGGAACCAGCCCAAAUGUCGCUGCCCCACCAGUUACAGUGGAGAACGCUGUAAAAUCAACCAGUGCAGAGACUACUGUCAGAACAGUGGAACCUGUUCCCCAUCACGCACAGGUGCUCCUACCUGCCGCUGUCAGACUGGCUUCACUGGCCCCAAAUGUAACCUGCACGUUUGCAACAACUACUGCCAUAAUGGGGGCAACUGCACUGUCAACCAGGGCAACCAGCCAACCUGCCAUUGUCCAAAGGGCUUCCUGGGUGACCAGUGCCAGUACAGUCAAUGUGAGGACUUCUGUAAGAAUGGAGGAACUUGUAUGGAGACGAUGAACGGCACUAUGCAGUGCCAGUGUUCUGACUUGUACUUUGGUCCUCAAUGUGAACUGAGCAAGUGUGAAUACUGUGGCACGGGCAAGUGUGAAGUGCUACGCAGCAGGAUAAUAUGCAAAUGCGCUAAUAACAUCCAGCGGCCCACCUGCUACACCUGUGAUGACUUCUGCAUUGAGGGCCAGUGCUCUGUAGACCCUCAUACUAUGCUGCCACAGUGCAGGUGUCACACGGACCGGUCAGGUUUCCGCUGUGAGCUCAACGUCACCCCUGUUAAAAACUUAGACUCUGGAAAUACUCCAUCAGUGGUCAUCCCAGUGAUGUUACUGCUAUUACUUGCACUGUUAGUGAUUGGUGCCAUCUUGUGGUACAAGAAGAGAAUGCGUGGCGCCAAGGGAUUCCAACACCAGAGGAUGACCAACGGAGCCAUGAACGUUGAGAUUGGCAACCCGGCGUACAAGAUUUACGAAGGAGAGCCUGACGAUGACGCAGGGGAGCUGCUGGACUCUGACUUCACUUUGGAUCCAGAUAAGCCUACAAACUUCACCAACCCCGUGUAUGCCACUCUCUACAUGGGCGCCCAUAACAGCCGUAACUCUCUGGCCAGCACAGACGAGAAGAAAGAGCUGCUGUCUGCAGGAGACGACGAUAUGGGAGACCCGCUGGCAUAGAGUCACGGCCGGACACCCACCCUCACGCAGACCGUUAUGCCUUUACACAUCAGAGGAAAAGCAACAAGAGCAGGAACACUGUACAAAAUGUAAAAAA